GCAUUCUCUAGGUGGGUCCCUUGGACCACCAUCCAUUUGUUAUCGUCUUUGGAGGAUAAGCACUCGAAACUGUCAUGUUUUUCUUGCUGAUAGGUUCAAUCUUUCACUCCAAAGAGCAAGAGGACAACAUUUUUGGAGUUGGCCUUUGUUCUUACAAGUGAAAAUGACGUAGAAAACUCCAUGUAAAGCCAUCUUAUUUUGAUCCAAUAAUUCAAACCCCCCGUACCCUUUACCCCAGUUGCUAUAUCAGUUUCCCAUUUGAUCAGAUUUCCAAUUCCUAAGAUGAUUCACCAGGAAAUGGAUAUUGAUCAUGAGUGGGUUUUCCUGCCUGAUAAUAAUUUCCUGGAUAUCAAUCAGGAUGGUGAAAAAAAAGUUCAUGGAGGAAAAAGAAAUUCUGACACAAAACUUGUUUUCCUGACAGAUUACUUCAACAAGGAACAGCCUCCACCAUCAGGAAAUUCAAGGAGGGUCCCUAAACAGGUUGUUCCAGUUUCAUUUCCAUUGGAACAAAGAAUCUUUAAGGCUCCAGAAAAUGAGCUGGGGGAGGAAACUACCACAAGGGUGCCUAUUGAUGUCACUUCUACGCCAGCCAUGAUCCCUGAGAAGAUCGAAGAACUUGAUAUUGGAUCAUUUGAAGGUGGUAAAGAAGUGAAGACACAAGUUUGCUUUAGGAAACCAACUUACAAUGAAUCUGUCGACAUGACCAACAAAAUGGACUCACCAAAGUCCACUACUAGGGGAAUUAUUCCUCAAAUUGAUGCAGCAGGUACGUUUAAUUUUGAUGAAAAAGGUGAGGUUUUGGAGAACAUGACUUCCCCAAGAAAGAAAGAUUUGGUGGAAAAGAAAUUUGAGAUCAAAGAAGAUGUCACCUGGGAGGAUAACUCUGGUGGCCUUAAUUUAUGGAAAUGGAGCUUAACUGGUAUUGGAGCCAUCUGUUCUUUUGGUGUUGCUGCUGCUACCUUUUUAUCAUCGUAUUGGGAAGUCAACAAAGACACAAACAGCAACAUCAGAACCAGAAGCUGCUUUUCCAGCGUUACACUGAUGACAAGACGAUGAAGCAAGUGGUUCAUCAUGCAACCAAACUCAAUGAAGCAAUUUCUGCAGCUAGAGGAGUUCCAAUCACCAGAGCUCACAUAACAUUUGGUGGUCAUUAUGAUGGUCUUUAAAGCACUGCCUUCUAGAGAAUCCGGAACCGUUCACCGGCUUGAUCAAUUGUUUGUGAAGUGUGAUGGAUUUGCCAUGCCAGUUCUACAAGAUUCAUAUAGUGUGUCUGUUUUUGUACAUAAUAUGGAUGCUUAUUAUAUGGAUUCUGAAUCCUGUUUGGUACUCCUGAAUUUCUAUAUUUUUGUGUCUAUUUAGCCACUUAAUAGUUUCAACUGUGGGAGGUGACCUUAGUGAAAUGUCUACAAAUUCACCACUUGCUAAAGUAUAUGAUCAAAGGAAUCAAACUGAAGGCAGAAAUUGUCAUGACAAUAAAAUCUUACCAAGAUUAUCAUUCUUGGCAAGCUGUUAUCCAUUUAGAUUUCAUCUCUUGAAUAGUUUUUGUCCCAUGACUGAACCUCCUUUAGACAGAAAAAUAACUAUACAGAACUAGUGUCAUGAUUGAUUUUGGGGACUGGGAAAUGAAACAAAUUCAUCAAAGAAACCAAGAAUCGGAAUACCAAAAUAGGCAUUCAAAGGUCAAGAAUUGCUUGUAAUGGUUUUUGGUUUUUUUUUUUUAAUUUUUUUUGCUUAG